AACAGAUACUCGAAGAAAUUAAAACUCAAGGCGAUUUGGUUCGAAAACUGAAAGCGGCCAAGGAAACGAAAGAAAAGCUUAACAUUAAAAUAUUUAUAAAGCAUUAACUUUACCUACUCCAACAAAAUUGUUAAUCAUAUAAGAAACAAUGCCGGAAUAUUUAAACGCAAUGACGGGUCGUUUUAAGAAUUCUAAUGCCAGUGGUGGCAUCACAACUGUGACUCCACCAGCUCCUUACGAUGCUAGCACAAUCAUCUAUGAAUCCAUGCAACAAACACAACAAUACCAGCCACAAUAUCAACAACUAGAAUUGCAGCCACCGAAUCUGGGUAAUGUUAUGCCUAAUGCGAAUACAUACGACUACAUGGGCUAUGCACCCGUUUCGGCACCGGUAGUACCGCCGCCACAAGCGGUGAAUGAGCACGAAAUUGAGUUUCUCAAUUGUCGGCCUAGGCGUUACAAACGCACCAAACGCACAUAUACGAAAAGAAAAAAUAAAACUACAACUAAACAACAAAAUAAUGAGAAAACAACAACAGCAGCAACAACAGAAAAUACUAAAGCUAUGCAAAUGCCCGCUAUCAACAAUCCGCCAAACGUACAAAUGAGCUUUAAGAUGAUGACUAUGGACAUCACCAAAACGGAGCCCAACAUGGGUCCAAAUAAUCCACAGAAUGCGCAAAAUCCCAACAACGGCAAUGGCAAUCCCAAUAUUGGUAAUCCGAAUGGCAACAACAACGGUCUCACCAGCGUUAGCGCCGUCGGCAAUGCGAAUAGUAAUGCCAACAACAAUAACAAUGGCAAUGGCAGUCAGCUGUGCGCCGGUUGUGGCAAACACAUACAGGAUCGUUACUUGCUGCGCGCUCUAGACAUGCUGUGGCAUGAGGAUUGCCUCAAAUGUGGUUGUUGUGAUUGUCGCUUGGGUGAGGUCGGUUCCACGCUCUAUACGAAGGGUAAUCUUAUGCUGUGCAAACGUGAUUAUUUGAGAUUGUUUGGUAAUACUGGCUAUUGUGCAGCCUGCAGUAAAGUCAUUCCGGCCUUUGAGAUGGUCAUGCGAGCGCGCACAAAUGUCUAUCACUUGGAAUGUUUCGCUUGCCAGCAAUGUAAUCAUAGAUUCUGCGUUGGCGAUCGUUUCUACCUGUGUGAGAACAAAAUUCUCUGCGAAUAUGACUAUGAGGAACGUCUCGUCUUCGCCUCUAUGGCCAAUCAUCCGAUGUUGAAGCGACAUGCCAGCGCCAUUGGUCAAGGCUCGCCGACGGGCGCUGGCGGCUUAAUGGGUGGUGGCAGUCCUGGCGUACCGGGUAGUGUUGUGCAAAAUGGACCGCGUACACCGGGCGAUCACAAUAACAACAAUGGCCCACAAAGCGGUGGUGGUGGUUCGCCGUUUGGCGUUCAAGCGGCAGCUGCAGCGCAUAUGAAGAACUCACUGGGCGCUUCCAGCUAAAAUAAAGCCUUGUCCAUGUUAGCCGGCGGUGGCAGUGGCAGUGGCAGUGGCGGCAGCAAUGUCGGUG